AUGGCUGCGGGCCCAUCCAACGGCGAGCCAGCUGUCGGCGCUGACGUGCCGCGCCUCAAGUCCUUUGCGACACCUGACACCCUCGCGACCGGUGUCAUUGCCUGGGUCAAAAAGGACGGCCAGCCGCGCCGCGCCGAGAUCCUGAGCAUCAAAGAGACCAAGAGCGGCAAGCAGUUCUACUGCAACUUUGACAACUUCAACAAACGUCUCGACGAAUGGGUUCCUCUGGCGCGCAUCGACCUGUCGCAGGAGGUUGAGUGGCCGAACCCGGAAAAGGACAAGCCAAAGGAGGCCAAGAAAAAAGUGCCGUCGGGCGCGGCCAGGAAAUCCAUUAUUGCCAAGAAGAACCAGAAGCGACCUGGUAAGCGUGAAGAUUCUAUUAAAUCAGAAACGACGACACCCCAUCCAUGGAGCGAUUUUGUCGAAUCGCAGCGCAAGUCUGCGUCGGUCGGCCCCGAUGGAGAUUCGCAGGCACCUGACAGCGCUGGGCCGGGCACGACCCCGACGGCGACACCAGCGGGCGGCGACGAAAUGGAUCUCGAUGAAAAGGACGAGGAUAAGGAGGAGUUCAGCCGCGAGCAGGAAAUCGAGAAGCUCCGAACAUCGGGCUCCAUGACGCAGAACCCGACCGAAGUCUCGCGUAUUCGAAAUAUAUCCAAGGUCCAGUUUGGAAAGUUUGACUUGUUUCCCUGGUACUUUUCGCCGUACCCAGAGGCGUUUAGUGGUGAAGAUAUCAUCUUCAUUUGCGAGUUUUGCCUCAGCUACUACGGAGACGAGUUCUCCUUCAACCGCCAUCGCCGCAAAUGCACGCUACAACAUCCGCCUGGCAACGAAAUAUACAGAGACGAUUAUGUAUCAUUCUUUGAAAUUGAUGGUAGACGUCAACGCACGUGGUGCCGAAACCUGUGCUUGGUCUCCAAAAUGUUUCUGGAUCAUAAGACGUUGUACUACGACGUCGAUCCAUUUCUGUUUUACGUCAUGGCUGCGCGCACAGACAAGGGUUUCCCUUUUGUCGGAUACUUUUCCAAGGAGAAGGAAAGCGCGGAUGGAUACAAUGUUGCGUGUAUCCUAACGUUACCGCAAUAUCAGAGAAAAGGCUACGGACGACUGCUUAUCCAGUUUUCGUACGAGCUGUCCAAGAUUGAAGGCAAGCUGGGCUCGCCCGAGAAGCCGCUCUCCGACCUGGGACUACUGAGUUAUCGCCAGUACUGGGCGGAGAAUAUUCUAGACUUGCUAGUGGGCGCCUGCGAGCGCGGCGAAAAAGUGACGAUUGAGGCGAUUUCGUCGGCGCUGGCGAUGACGACGGUGGACGUGGAGCACACGUUGCAGGCGAUGAAGAUGCAGGUGUACCACAAGAGUGAUCACAAGAUUGUGAUACCGGAGAAGCUGAUAGAGCAGCGCGAAAAGCGACUGCUAAAGCCAAGACGGACGCUGGAUCCUGCCAAGGUGCAGUGGAAGCCGCCCGUAUUUACAGCAUCUAGUCGUACGUGGGGGUGGUAA